AUGUCCACCGGCUUCCUCCCCUCCUUCAUAGCCGCAGUCCAGGCCAGUGUAUCGGUCCUCCUCGUCUUACUCUCAGGCGGAAUAGCAGCCCAUCUCAAGCUCAUUGACCGCGUGGACACCAAGUCCAUAUCCAAAAUCUGCGCCCGCAUCUUCCUUCCGGCACUGCUGAUCACCAAAGUUGGUUCCGAGCUCCAUGCCUCGUCCGCCGGCAGGUACUUGGUGAUCGUAGUAUGGGGCAUCAUCGUCCACAUCGUUUCCUUCUUGGUUGGCCUCUGGGGGCACCGCGUCUUGGGCAUGCCCGACUUCGUCACUCCGGCAAUCCUGAUCAACAACAGCACAAGCUACCCAUUACUUCUCAUCACGGCACUCGAAGAUACGGGGAUUCUAGACUCACUCAUCGUGACGGACGAGACCGCCAAACAACUCAUGGAGCGAGCCAAGGCCUACCUCUUGGUCUACUCGACCAUCAGCAAUUGCGUGACUUUCGCCGUGGGGCCGCGCCUGAUCGACUCGGAACACGCCGCUGAGGAUGAGGAUGAAGACGACAAAACGAGAGACAGUCAAGGCAAUCGACAUGCUCAUAUCUUUGCCGCGGUCCCAGAUGAGGAAGCCAACGAGGAGACCCGGUUACUCGAUAACCACCUGCCAAACAGGUCGCCACACCCCCGGCGACGUAGCUCCUUUUCCUUCUCACUGCCUAGGGAGAGCGGAAAGCCACAAUCAACACCUGACCAUCGGCGGCCUUGGUUUAUGUCGCCCCAAAGAUGGAACCGUCUGUCUGUCCGGGUCAAAUGGUGGUUUCUAUUCAUCCUCGAUUUCUUCAACACUCCACUGCUUGGGGCCAUCAUCGGCGCCGUUGUGGGCUUGGUUCCACAAUUUCACCGCGCCUUUUUCAACAACGCGGACAACGGCGGCAUAUUUACCGCUUGGCUCACUUCGGCGUUAAAGUCCAUCGGAGGGCUGUUUGUCACCCUGCCUGUUGUCGUCGCCGGAAUCACCCUCUUCUGCUCCACCAAGGAGGCCCGAGACAACAACGAGAGCACCAUGAACCUGCCACUCGGGACAACCCUGUACAUCCUGUUCAUCCGCUUCAUCGCCUGGCCGGCUGUCUCUAUCAGCACCAUCUAUGUCCUCGCGGCCAACACUAGUCUGCUCGGCUCCGACCCGAUCCUGUGGUUUUGCCUCAUGAUGAUGCCGACUGGGCCAAGCGCCAUGAAGCUCAUCACCCUGGUUCAGGUUGCUGAAGGGUCCAAGGAGAGCGAGAAAAUGACUGUGAGACUACUGACGAUAUCCUAUCUCAUCUCGCCUGUGCUUUCGCUCACCGUGGCCGGGAGUUUGCUCGCCAGCCAGUCCGCGAUCCCAAGCUGA